AUGGGGCCUUUAUCCCCGCAGAACAAGCCCAUGUCGUUUGCGGCGCUGAAGGCGAAGAAGGCGACUCCUAAGAUCACCACCAAGAUCGUCACCGUCAGUGCGACGCCGAAACCUAAGCCUCCGACAAGGCCACAACCCACUGCGCUGUCGUCUCGGUCACAACAACCCACACAAAAGUCAUCUCUUUCCAACGGCAGCUCGCGCCAUUCGAGCAGCACGCCUCACAAGUCGGCCACGCCGGCCUCGGUAUCAUCACGACAAGCGAGUCGAGAACCGAUCGAGCGACUGAAGCAGCAGCGCCGCAACAACCAGUCCAAACGGGCGUCGCCUGCCGUCUCGACACCCAGACUGACCAGUUCGGACGAGGAAAGCGAGCACGAUGAAGACAAGCCUAGAAAGCGGGCGCGGGUUGUUGGCCGCAAAGAAAGUAUCGAUGAGAAGCGCCAGGUGCGCGAUCCCAAGGCUUUCUCCGAGGAUGACGAUGGCGUCUUCCCCAUGGUGCAUGCCGUGGACAUUGCAAACAGCACAAUCAUAGAACAGGGCAGAGACAAGUACCAGCCGUUUUUCACCGCUCUGGAGGGAGACGAAGACGAGUGUCCGACCAUCGAACUUCAGUACCCGAGUGCUGUGCAACGCGAGAAAUAUCAGCUGGUCAAGCCGACUGACCCAUCGGACUUCAAGCCCCUCGACGAGAUAGAGGCCAACAUGAAGAUCGUGGCCGAGUACUAUCUCGACAGCGACUCGGCCAGCAAGGUCACCAGUGAAGAGGAUGGUGCUGGCUUCGUCCAGCUGCUACACCGACAGGCCAUGUUAGGCUUGAAGGGUCGGGUGGGCGCCCAGUCAAAGUACAUCGACGUGGUUGAGAAAUACAACGCUUUAUUGGUGGAAAAGCGCAAGGACGGCACCAUCGCCAAAAUGUUGGAUCAAAUGAACCGUGUGGAUUUGAAGCUCGUCGAACAUAUAAUUAAGAAUCAGGUCUACGCUCGCACUGUGUCCCCUCAGGUCAAUCUGGUCCGACACUACGAGGGCUUUUCCGACAAUGUCUAUGGUGAACUCUUGCCCAAGUUCUUGAGUCGCAUCUUCAAAGAGACAGGUCUCAAAUCCGACCAGGUUUUCAUCGACCUGGGGUCCGGUGUGGGCAACUGUGUGCUCCAAGCCGCGCUAGAAACUGGGUGUGAGUCUUGGGGUUGUGAAGUUAUGGAUAACCCCAAUACCCUGGCCCAACUUCAGGCUAAGGAGUUCCCUGCCCGGUGUCAUCUCUGGGGCAUUAAACCCGGCGAGAUUCACCUUAUCCACGGCGACUUCCUUAUGAACGAACAGGUCCGAGAGGUUCUCAAGCGUGCUGAUGUUAUUCUGGUCAACAAUCAGGCCUUCACGGCGGAACUCAACGACAAGCUGAAAUAUGUUUUUCUGGAUGUCAAAGAAGGAGCACACAUUAUUAGCCUCAAGCCAUUUCGCAGCCCUACCCACAAGAUCAAGGACUCCAAUGUCAAUGAUCCCGUCAAUGUGCUGUCGGUAAGCGAAGAGGAUCGCUGGAGCGGGAUGGUCAGCUGGACGGACGAUCCCGGCAAAUGGUAUCACCAACGUAAGGACUCGAAGGAGUUGGAGGCCUUUGUUAAGAGCAUGGAGGGCUCCAAAUAG